AUGGAAGAAAAGAUGGAUUCUGGUUGUGGAACAUCUUUUUUUUUUAUGCAAGAAAAGAUUAGCACAUUCAUAUCUAAUUCUCGCCAUUCAAACCUUAGUCUGAAUGUUGAGGUUCAUGUCAAACCUGCUAUACCAAAUCCAAAAGUGGAGCAUGAUGGAAAAAACUUCUCCACGGUCAUUGAAAAUAAUGAAAAGGUCUUUGAAGAGGACCUUUUAAAAAUUGGCUCUGUAGUCAGAAUAUUGGAAGAAAAAUGUGUCAAGCUAAAUGAAGAGAAGGAAAAAAUUGAGCAAACUAUGAAAAAAUUGCAAGACAUUUAUUUUCUCAAUCAACUUGAUGACCUUAAACAUUAUCUAAUUUAUAUUAGGUAUGUAGAAAACAAUCCACAGUAUGCUGAAUCCGGCGUUUACUUACUCAAAUUUCGACAACUGCAGUCUCGAGCAUUGGGUAUGAUUCGCUCUCAUGUACUUUCUGUACUCAAAAGUGCGUCUUCUCAGGUUCAGUCAGCAAUCCGGAGCAAUAGUAGCAGCAAGGCAUCUCUUGCUGAGGGUGUAGAGGCAUCUGUUAUAUUGGCCAGGCUUUCAGAAAUGGGAACAAGCUUCCUUUUGUUGCUGCUCAAAUUGGCCAGGCUUUCAGAAAUGAGGUUCUUGGAUAUAUUUUUCAUCAGUCACAUAUGUAUCUUUUCAGUCAUCCCUAUCCAUACUUUUUCUACUAUGCAUUUGUUAUUACUUUUAGGAUCUCUAAAGCUCUGUUUGAUAAUUGGAUUCUAUUGAGAGAGCAGGCAAAUCAUUUUUUGUUAAAUCUUAAACUUUGUGGUAGGAAAAUGUAAUGUAUAUUGAUAGUAUUUAGAAUGAUUAUAUUGACUAUGAAAGAUACAAAUUUCAAAAUAAAGUUUUAUAUGGUUAGCUUUCUCUUUCUUUAACUUUAGUUGUUGUUGUUGUCAUUGUUUUUUUAUUUUUAUUUUUGGUUCUGAUUGAAUUAGUCUUGGGCUUGGUAACUGGACAAGUUGUAAUUUAAGAUAUUUUGUAGCUUAACAUAGUUCAGAGUUCGAUCAGCAACAGAA